AUCUAUCUUUCAAGCUUGUUGAGUACCUCAAAAUUCCAUUCUUCUCCAACAAGGACAACCAUCCAUUUUUCCAUUAUUUCUAGCUAACUCAACUCACCUUUUUGUCUCUCUCUCUCUCUCUCUCUCUCUCUCUUCAGUCCUCAAGCUAUACAAGUAACCCUUUUGGAUCACUAAUAAAGCAACCUUUUUUUUGUUCACAUUCACAUACCAAAAAUCUUGAAAACCCUUGUUUGGAUCCAUGUCUGAAAACCAGUUUUACCAUGAUCACACUAGGUUUAAUCCGUUCUUUGGUGACGGCGACGAUGAUCAUCGAAACCCUUCUCUGUAUUCAUCGAAUCCCCCGCACCCAGAAUUCGAUUUAGCCUCGAUGACGUCCAUGGAGUACAACGGCAACAACGUUCUUUCCAGUUCGGCUUUCCCCACGUUGCUCUGGUCCUCCUCGUCGACGAGGUCCGAGGUUGUCGGCCCUCCCUCCUCGGACCACCACGUUCAAGAAUGCUCUAGAAAGAGCAGCAGCGUUUCCGUUCGGCAGCCGGCGGGGUCUUCCUCCUCCAGUGAGGCCGCCGGAGGCGGCGGCGGCGGAGGAGAAGAAGAUUCUUCAAAGAGCAGCAAGAAUCUAGAGUAUGAAGGCGGAGAAGACAAGUCCAAGAAAAUGAACAAAGGAAAGAAGAAAGAGGAGAAAAAGCAAAGGGAGCCUCGAUUUGCCUUCAUCACUAAAAGUGAGAUUGAUAAUCUUGAAGAUGGAUAUAGAUGGAGAAAAUAUGGGCAGAAGGCAGUCAAGAACAGCCCUUUCCCUAGGAGCUAUUACAAAUGCACCACUCAAAAAUGCACAGUGAAGAAGCGUGUGGAGAGAUCGCACCAAGACCCAACCACCGUCAUCACCACCUACGAAGGCCAGCACAACCACCACUGCCCCGCCACGCUCCGGGGAAACGCCGCCGCCAUGCUGUCUUCGCCGCCCUCCUUCUUCCCAUCCUCAGCGCCGCCCUUCCCCGGGGACCUCUUCGCCAACCAAAUGUACCCCGCCGCGCCGCAUUUCCCUCCUCCCAUAAUGUACAAUUAUCAGCAAAGCCACGGCAGCCUCAUAGGCGGCCAGCCACCGCCGCAACCGCAGUUCGAUUACGGCUUGUUUCAAGAAAUGGUGGCGUCGUUGGUCCACAAACAAGAACAUAAUAAUCUGUGAGGGUUUUUAAGGAUUGUUGUUUUUGUUGUGUGUAUAAGUGUUGGUUGAGCAUGGAGUGAUGAUUACUUUGAGAGUAUUGGCUUAGCUUGUUUUCGU